UAGUCAACAUGGUCAGUGAUGGACUAUCACCAUCAUUGUCGUCUUAUUCCGAUUCAAGUAUCAUUCUGCAGUAGCCACUUCCUCAACAGAAGCAGCCAUGUUGGUGAAGUAACUUCCUGCUCCAAACUCAUUCCUUUCGCUGUCAGGACAGAACAGUUGGAACAUGUCCAGGAGAGGUGAAAGGAGCGCACCCCAUGUAUGGUCACCUUAUGAUCGUAUAAACUGGUUGCGGCGCGUGCGUGCGGUCCGUCUAAAACAAAUGGAAAUACAUUAGUUUGAGUGAGACAGGAAGGACAGAAUGUUUUAUUUAACGACGCACACAAUACAUUUUAUUUACGGUUAUAUGGUGUCGGACAUAUCAAUGCGAUCAGUAGAUAUGCACAAUGCAUGCUGCCAGCCGCAAUGAAAUCAUCGUAGGCCUAUAUGGACUGGUGUAUAAGAAAAAUAAUCGUACCGCACCCAGUCUAUUUUAGCCGAGGGGAAGGGGGAGGGGGGGGGGGGGUCGCAACAGACCCUUCCGUGUAUAUCCGUGAAAUAGAGUUAUGCGUACGUGUUGCGGGUUCAGUUACAAUACCCAGGCUUGUGUUCGGGAGUGGACUUCGGGGGGUAAAAAAACCCUACUCAAAGCUAAUUUUCUUUUCAAAAUAUAUUUCCGAAAGAGCAUGACUCGAACUCCGCCCUAGAAACUUCUAGUCUAGUCUAGACCCCCCUCCUGUAUACUUUCUGUACACGCCCCUGACGCGUAUUGCCCAAGUAUUAAUGUGUUACAAAUGUAUAAUAUUAAUGCACGGGUCCGGUUUCCAAGUGUGAAAUAAUCGUAUUUUCGAUUGCGACUAGGCCUAGCCGUGGUUUAAACGUGCUGGGGAUUUGAUAAACAAAUAUUUACAUUCGUUUCCUUUUCCAGUGUAGUUCUAUGCGAGUAGCGAGUAGGCCCUAUUUAGCAAUAAACGUGACAGCUUAAUAGAGAUCUCCAUAAACAUGUGCAACUAUUGUUGCCCUGCCGCCACUCAUCAGUAGGUGGUUAUUGUGGGUUUUGCGGUUGACUUCUCUCUAUCUAGGACUUAAACCAGCCAUUAAAAUAUAAGCGGGUCAAGAACGAAUCAAUUGAAAAAAAAAGUCAGUGGGCGUGUCAUUAACGGUCAGUCAAUUGAUAGUACCUGCCCCCUUUUUUUCCUUUUACGGAUAACGUUCCGUGGAAAACAACCCCUUUCUUCGGGAAACUACACGAUUUCCCGGGAACAAAGUUGAACACUCCAAGCUACUGACAAUCUCUACAACACACACAUACACACACACACACACACACACACACACACACCGACAGGGUCGCACUGCACUAAACAACGUUGCGGCCAUGUUUGGAUUUUUAAACCAAAAGUAGAUUGACGUAACAAGAGCAGCUGCCGUCGUUGAUGUCGCACGAUGUCACAGCAGGGCUUUUUGUCGUCAACGCCAGAUGUCAUUCGGCCGUCUUCGGAACUGGAUACGCCUGGCUCCUGGGUCUCUCCUUCAGCUAGCAAGGACCAAAUGCUGGACAUACGGACUUGUGGAUGCACCGUGGAGAAAAGUAAACAUGUCGUACGUCUGCCCGUGUUUGUGGUUUGUCAAGUGGCAACAGUAGCAGUUGUUCUUGUGUUGGCCGUCUCUCUUUACCUCUCUGUAGAAGAAAAUAAAAGACAUAUUAAUGAAGUGAAUGAAAUUGUUUACAAACAUUGCAUUGUCAAGGAAACACACGAGGUGUCGACUGUGGUUCACCAAAAGACACUUCAGUUUUCCACUCACCACGAGAGAGUUCGUCGAGAUACGGGUACAGCGAAGACGACGGAAGAAGGGAAACCGAGAAAACACCACCGGAGGAAGAACCGAGUCAAGGGAAGAUCUUGUAAAGGUUGUAAGCGAGGAAAACGAGGCAAGCAGGGCAGACAAGGACCACAAGGUAUUCAAGGUGAACGAGGCCCACCAGGACCCACUGGACCACAAGGUCUCCCGGGUGAAGCGGCAUCAGCACCCACCAUAAGAGCAGCGCACUACACGGCGGAUCUGUGGCGAGACAAGACGGAAGAGGAGUUUGGAGAGGGUAUGGAAAUAGAAGGUGUCAAAUGCAAAUACUUCAAAGAAUGGGACGGAAAGGCAUGCAGAAACCGUACGAUCGAAAUAAACAAAACGAACUUCCGCUUCAUGAAGGAGGCGGACUGGGUGAAGAACAACCGAAACAUCUACUCCCCCGCGGACUUCUACGAGAACGGAACCUACGUCAUCAAGGAAUCCGGCCUAUACCUCGUCUACACCAGCAUUCUUUACUACGAUGCGAAGAUGAAACAAAGUCAGACAGUGGUUCGAAAUGGCAAGAAAUUGUUUAAAUGCAUGGAUGGGGUAGACCACAUUUCCGAGACAGGAAACCGAUAUUUCAACGCCAAAUACAAGACAUGCAGCAUAACAGGUGUCGCUUUUCUCCACAAGAACGACGAAAUCCAGGUGCGGAACCUCUACACUAACACAGUGAUCGACAUAUCCCCGGAUUCCACGUUCUUCGGCCUGGUACAACUGAUCCCCGGACCUGAUCACGUGCAGAGCAACACGUGACAUGCUACCGGAAUCAGCAUCACGUGACAUCCGAAUAGAAGCAACCAACAUAUAUUUUAAACUGUCGUUAAAUAUUAUUUUCAAGCUACCGGCGCCUAAGAUAGACGUGCGCUGUAACACUUUGUUCUGAAUGUGCACGUUCAAACACCUGACCUUGAUAAUCGAGCUGGUUAUAAAGAACACCCACAGUACUCACUAAAUGUGCCAUGUUUUGGGUGGUCUUUAUAUAGAAGUAUGUUUUACUUACCUGCAACCUUAGUAACGGAUCAGUCGCUAUAUUAUUGUUUAAAGUCUUAAGGUCUUUUAUGACCAUUUUUAUUUUAUAAUAUCAAAUGGCCUCGACACAAAAAAGAAAGAAAAAAGUCAUGAAUCUUGCCAAUGUUAAAAUGGUAAGCAAUAUUCCUUCUGCUCCAAAUGUUUCUUUCUUACAUAUCACCACUUCCAAAAUAUUUUUAUUUUGCUAUGAAUAGUUUAAAGUCACGUAUUAUACUGAGAUAUUUUUCAUGAGUACAUUCCAAACGUUUAUAAGCUUUUACAAUGGUUGAAAAUCGUGUUAAAUUUCUGUUAGGUUAUUACAAAGUUUUAUACGGUUUUAUUGAAGACAAUGUUCUAAGUGUGUUGCCAUUUUAACAUAUGUUCAACUAAACGACUAAUCUACUUUGUGGAUGGGGUGGUGGUGAUGGUAGUGUGUGUGUGUGGUGGGUGGG